UACUUUCCGCUCCAACAGUCCAUGUUGCGCACUGUGGCUGUAGCAGUGUGGGGCUGGAAGUAGGAUGGCGAAGAUGGCUGCAGACCUAGGAGAGCUGCUGGUCCCUUACAUGCCCACCAUCAGAGUUCCCAGAUCGGGAGACAGGGUUUUCAAGAGUGAAUGUGCCUUUUCCUACGAUUCUCCUGAGUCUGAGGGUGGCCUGUAUGUGUGUAUGAGCACGUUCCUUGGCUUUGGAAGGGAACAUGUGGAGAGACAUUUCCGCAAAACUGGACAGAGUGUGUACAUGCACUUGAAACGUACAGUUAAAGAGAAAGCAACGGGAGCUGCAGGGGGUGCUGUGGCCAGGAGAAGAAAUGGGAAGGUUUUCUUAGAGCUUAACCGUGAUUUUAACGGAGAUGAUUAUGAAUGUGAAGAUGAGGCCAAACUUGUCAUAUUCCCAGAGCACCAUGAGAUCCCCUUACCAAAUAUUGAGGAGUUGCCUGCACUGGUGACAAUAGCAUGUGAUGCCGUGCUCAAUGCAGCAUCUCCGUACAAAAAACAGGAGACCCUUGCCUGGGAAGACGAGAUUCAGGUGUCACGACAUGCCAGGAGUCUCCGACAGGAGGGUAAUGGGGUGCAGAUCCCUCCCAGUGGCUGGAAGUGUUCCAAAUGUGAGAUGAGAGAGAACCUGUGGUUGAACCUGACGGACGGUGAAGUGCAUUGUGGGAAGUGGUUCUGUGAUGGUACUGGAGGCAAUGGGCAUGCACUGGAGCACUACCGGGAAACAAACUUCCCACUGGCAGUCAGACUGGACUCCAUCACUGCAGAUGGGGCUGAUGUAUAUUCAUUUGAUGAAGAGGAAGCAGUGUUGGACCCAUAUUUAGCAAAUCACUUAGCACACUUUGGAAUAGAUAUAUUGCAGGUUCAAAAGAUGCAGAAUGGGCACACGGACAAAGAGAUGCGACUGCGCGCCAGGGAGUGGGAGGUGAUCCAGGAGUCCGGCCACAAGCUGAAGCCCGUGUAUGGCUCCGGCUACACCGGCGUUAAGAACCUGGGAAACAGCUGCUACCUGGGAACCAUCAUGCAGGUCCUCUUCAGUAUCCCACAAUUCCAGAGGACCUAUGUGGGGAAUCUUCAGAGGAUUUUUGAUUACUCGCCCCUUGAUCCCACAAAGGACUUUAGCACACAGAUGGCAAAGCUUGGCCACGCAUUACUCUCAGGCCAGCAUUCCAAACCGCCAGUGAAAUCCGAGCUCAUAGAACAGGUGAUGAAAGAAGAACGCAAAGUAUUAGACUGGCAACAACAGAGAGGGGUCUCCCCCAGGAUGCUCAAGGCCUUGAUUAGUAAAGACCACCCCGAGUUCUCCUCUAUCAGACAACAGGAUGCACACGAGUUCUUCCUACACUUACUGAACUUUGUUGAGAGGAGCAGCCCGGGAUCAGAGAAUCCUAGCGACGUGUUCCGCUUCCUGGUGGAGGAGAGGGUCCAAUGUUGCCAGUCCCGGAAGGUGCGCUACAGUCAGAGAUUGGACUACUGCAUGCGGCUUCCAGCCCCCAUAGAGGCUGCCACAAACAAAGAGGAGUUGAUAGCCUAUGAAACCCAGAGAAGGGAGGCAGAGGAGAACUUGACACCACCGCCGGUGCCAGUGAGGGCGAGAAUCCCCUUCACCGCCUGUUUACAGGCCUUCACCGAACCUGAUAAUGUGCCUGACUUCUGGAGCUCUGAGCUGCAGGCCAAGUCAGCCGGAGUCAAGACGUGUCGAUUUGCUUCUUUUCCUGAGUAUAUGGUCGUGCAAAUUAAGAAAUUCACUUUUGGAAUGGAUUGGAUCCCCAAGAAAUUAGAUGUCUCCAUAGACAUGCCAGACUUUCUGGAUCUUUCUCGGCUGAGAGCCACAGGGCUGCAGGCGGGAGAGAUGGAGCUGCCUGACCUCACGCCACCCAUUGUCAUUCCUGAGAACAGCAGAGGUAACUUGCUGAAUAGCUUUCUGGAUUCUUCAGAUAUAGAUGAGUCCUCAGUGCUGCAGCUGGCAGAGAUGGGCUUCCCCAUGGAGGCCUGUCGGAAGGCAGUAUACUACACAGGAAAUAUGGGGGCAGAGAUGGCUUUCAGCUGGAUUAUAGCCCACAUGGAGGAGCCUGACUUUGCGGAGCCCCUGGCAGUGCAUUCCUUUGCCGAGGCUGGUCCUUCCUUUCCAACCUUGUCAUCCUUCAUGGGCAGCCAGCCACCGGAGGAGAGUGUGGCUAUCCUCACCUCGAUGGGUUUCCCCAGACACCAGUCCAUCCAUGCUCUUAAAGUCUCAAACAACAAUCUUGAGCAUGCUCUGGACUGGAUAUUUACCCACCCAGACUACGAGGAAGAGAGUGAGGCUGCGUCUGACACGGCCGACGAAGAGGUUGACGAGGGCGCCCUCUCCGGCGCCAACGGACACGGCGACGCAUCUCCGCCCCCAAACCAGGAGCGCUUGAGCCCCAUGGUCAGAGAUGGCCCAGGCCGAUACGAGCUCUUUGCCUUUAUCAGCCACAUGGGGUCAUCGGUAAAGUCCGGCCACUACGUAUGUCACGUUAAAAAGGAGGGAAGAUGGAUUAUCUACAAUGACCACAAAGUCUGCCUGUCAGAGAAGCCUCCAAAGGACUGGGGCUACCUGUACUUUUACCAUCGACUCUCUGGGAGCUAAGCUGAACCAUCACAUAUGGACCUAGGGAUACCACAGGGGUUGAACCGCGAAGAAAGCAGAGGUGUCAGUUUUAAUACAAGUGCCCACACCAGACAUGCUAAUGGAGCCCGAAGUGGUGGAACAAGAAAGACACGAAAAUAACAAAACCCCCCCCCCCCCCACACACACACACACACACAAAAGAUAAGCAUUGAAAUACUGUUUAAACACUGGCGUGGCCAAGCAGAUAGAAGUGUUUCUGCUCACUGCUUUGUUCAAUUAUUUUGAUGUUUUUUUUUUUCCUCAGGGGAGGUGGGUCCUGAGCCUGGUAGCUUAACAUCACAUAUCAAGUUUAGUCUCGAUCACAUACUUUGGUAUUAGAUAGUUUUCUUAUGGGAAAGAGAAGAAAAUGUCCAACAAGGCCAAAUAGUAAAACCUUACCCAGCACAUUAUUUCACUUAUUCUCUGAGUUUGACAAUUAAAUAUAUUCCUCAGACAUACCACCAGGGGCAAAGUAUUGUUUUUGAAUGAGAUAUGAUAUUAGGGUGAUGUUGAAACGUACACAGAUGCAAUCAGGGAUGGUCAAGAAUACACUGUCAUGCCACAUUUUACAAAAUACAAAAACACCUCCCAUAAUACGUAUUUAGAAAUUGCAAUCAAAAGCAGGGGCCUCAUUUAUUAAAAUGUUCUUAGAUUUAUACUUUUUUUUCUUAAGAUCAUUUCCGACGGUGUGCUUACGUUCGAUUCAUAAAAGAUACUGAGCAAAAAAAAAUUUACUUACGCAGGUUCUAAGAAGCCCAUUUGUAACUUAUGCACCUGUGAUUUAUAAAUCUCAAAUUAACUUAAAAUUUACAGCACCUGAACUGCCUUACAAUCAGCGAUUUCCCCUUAUAUAAUGCUAGCACAAAUGAGGGUUUAGUCAGGAAUAACCAUGGACCAAAAGAGAAAAGCAAAUUUUUUGGAAGAUCAUCAUGCGCAAAAAAGUCAUUCCGGUCUCUGAAAACUCUCUCCCUUCUAAAAGCACGGUUUUCAAUGUCUUCCAAUUACGCAAGAACAGCCAUGGUUACUUUUUUCUAAUUUGACACAUUAUAUAUAGAACAUCGCAUCCUGUUUUUAAUUCAAAACACAUUGCGUCUGCCAAUUAAUUCCUCACACCUUUAAUUGAUAAUUCCUAUCAGAUUGUUCAUAAAGCUAAUGCAAAGUUCACCACAGGCUUGGACGCAUAUGCGUCCCAAACUGCAAUACCCCUACAUAACCAGCAGGAAAAUCACUUACAUCAAGUCUAGACUUUGGGUAGAGAUAAGAUCAUUUCCACGUCAAAGUAAGGUUUUAUAAAUAACUACUUAUACGUGGUUUUCUGCGUAAGUCAUACUUAAGAUCAAAAUUGAUCAUAAGUACGUUUUAUAAAUGAGGCCCCAGGUGAGCAACCCAUAUUACGCAAGAAAUAUAUACUGAAUCAAAGAGAUGGGAAUUUUCUGGACACUUAAAUGGCUUGAAUUUAAAUAUGAAUUACAUUGAUCUUUGAGGGAAAACUUUAGAAAUCGUUAGUUACGCAAUAUGUGACAUCAACCAGUCUGAUUUAAGGACUGAGGAUUAAAGUUAGAUUAAUAUUUUGAGAUUAAUGUCUCCUUGAAGCUAUGAUUCUGGUGUUUUCAUUUUUAGACAAAAGCACUUUAUAACAAGAUCUUUGGUACGAGAUAAAAAUUGACAAUGUAUUUUGUUCUUGAAAGAUAUUUAGUAGCUUAAAGCCACAGCUUUUUCAUUUGCCUGGAUGGAAGUGUAUAAUUUCUAUAUGCAUUGCAUUACUGUUUAUUUAAGCAAUCUUUUUAAUUCCCAGUUUGUAAGCAAUUAUUUACGCCCCUUUGUUACCUAAAUCUUCAUCUACAGUGACAAAGUGAAGUAGAAUUACUUCUAGAACAUAUUCUCACAUAUUACAAUGUGGCAUUUUCAUGUUUUUUUCUUUAUUUUUCUUUUGCUGAAAGUGAUAUUGGAGAUUUCAGAGUCAUUGCUGCAUAUUUCAUUAUUUUACAGUUGACUGCAAUAAUGUACAUCUCUUUCACUUUGUGUAACCUAGAGUCAGCAGGUAGCACAAUGCUACUAUGUGCAAUUCUCCACAUUUCUGGUAGACAGCCAAGGAAUGUCAGAACACUGAAAACUUGAAUACUUGCAGAAACAAAGUGGAAAAUUUACAUGAACAUAUCAUUUAUUUAGCACAUUAAAAAAAAAACUUACAGCCUU